AUGGCUGCAAUGUUAAAGGUCUCUCUUGGAUUGUCAUUACUAGGUUUUCUGGUGAUCGCAGUCGUGACUUCUCCCGCGAACGCCGCUAGGAAGUCAUCAGUCAGACUCGGAGGGAAGACAGAUGUGCCUAACGUUCAGACCAACAUGGAAAUUCAAGAACUUGGAAGGUAUUGCGUGGAGCAAUUCAAUCUUCAGGAACAGAGAGAGGAAGGAAACAUCGCAUCGAUUUCGAAAACCGACACAGCUGUUCCCCGUCCAUUGAUGUUUAGCCGAGUUGUGUCGGCUCAGAAACAGGUCGUGGCUGGGAUGAAAUACAUUCUAAGGAUUGAAGUCACUCAACCCGACGGCUCGAGCAGGAUGUUUGAUUCGGUCGUGGUUAUCCAACCAUGGCUCCAUUCUAAGAAGUUGGUUGGUUUUACUCCCGUUGCUAGUCCUAUCUACUAA